AUGGGUAAAGCUAAAAAGGGCAAGAAGAACCAAACUGCUGAAGAUGGUGAUAGUGAUGUUGAAACUACAACUAUUGAGAACGUAAAACCUGCUCAAACCAAGGGGAAGAAGGCAGUAAUAGCCUCUGAUGACAGUGAAGAUGAGAAACCAAAAGCUAAAUCCAAGCAAAGGAAAUCAAUUGAUUCUGAUGUUAAAGAAGUCACAAAAAACAUAAAGAAUGUGUCCAUAUCUAAUAAGUCACAAAAGAAGGUUGAUGUUAGUAGUGAUGAGGAAUCUGAAGAGGAGGUCCAUAAUAAACCUAAGAAAAACAAGAAGAAAGAAGAAAAAAGUGCCUUCUCCUUAUUGCAAGUUGAAGAUUCAGGGGAUUCGGCACCUGAAGCACCACCUUCGUCUGACGAUGAUAAACCGACACAAAAGCUUGUUAAGAAGCCAGCACAAGAAAAAAAAGAGCCAGCCGGUAAGAAAGGUAAAAAGGCCAGAAGAAAAAAGGAUGAUAGUGAUGAAGACCUAGAAAAAGUUUUAGCUGAGCUCGAAAUGGAAUAUGCUGGUGUUAAAAAAGAAUCUGUUGCUGAACCAGAGCCCAUAAAACCACAAGAAGAGUCUGAAGAUAAACCUAAAACAAAGAAGAAAACCAAGAAAGAACCAGAACCUGAACCAGAAAACAACGCUGAAGAUAAAGGUAGUGAAGGUGAAAAUGAUAUUACAAUAAAAACAGCUGCACAAAAGAAAAAGGAAAAGAAAGAAAGAGAGAAGUUGAAGAAACAAGAAGCCAAAAAGAAAGAGCAAGAUGUGAAAAAAGAACCUGUGGAAUCUAAACCUCAACCUAAACCAGAAAAGGUGGAGGUUAAAGAAGAAGUCAAAGAUGCUAAAGCACCUUCAGAAGAAAAAGAAGGGGAAGGAGAUGCUCCUGUCGAAGGAAAGAAGAAAAAGAAAGGUGAGAAGGGAGACAAAGAUGAUAAGGCCAAAAAAGGCCCUACUAAAAAAACAAUUGCUGCUAUGCAAGAGGCCUUGAAAAAGGUAAAAGAAGAAGAAGAACGUUUGCAACGUGAAGAGGAAGAAAGAAUAAAACAAGAUGAAGAGAGAGAGCGUCAAAGACUGGAAGCCAUUAGAUUAGAAAAGGAAAGAAAGGAUAGGAAGAAGCUAAAGGAAAAGGAGAGAAAAGAAAGACUAAAAGCCGAAGGUAAAUUAUUAACUCCCAAACAGAAAGCAGAAAAGGCCAGAGCUCAAGCUAUGCUAGAAUCUUUGAAGGCACAAGGUGUAGAAAUCGGUUCAGAAAAGAAACCACCACGGCCUGGAACAAGAGUUAAGCCUGCUAAAUUGAAAACUCAAGUCUCACAAGAGACGACGCCGUCUACUCCUGUAGAAGAGAAAAAAGUGGAAAUUGAAAUAAGUGAUAAACAGGACCCUCCAAAACCUGAGGAAAAAAAGGAAUCUGACUCAGAAUCCGUAAAGGAUGCAUGGGAUGCUGAAUCAUCUGAUGAUGAUGAAUCGUCUAAGCCAGAAACCGCCGCCGUGCCUGAACCAAAGAAACCUGCACCUGUAGACGAAAAGUCUAAAGAGCAAGAAGAAGAGAGCUCAGAGGAAGAGGGUAGUUCUGAUGAGGACUCAAGCUCCGAAGAGGACUCAGAUGAUGAUCAAAUGACAGACGCACAAAAGAAGAGAGAAUUAGUUCUAAAGAGAUUAGAGAAACGUCGAGAAGACAAUGAAAAGAACAAGGUCGAUAAUCCUCUACGUGCAGCUGUUGUCUGUGUACUGGGGCACGUAGAUACGGGCAAGACAAAAAUAUUGGACAAGCUUAGACGGACUAAUGUUCAAGACGGUGAAGCUGGGGGUAUCACACAACAAAUCGGAGCUACUAAUGUACCCAUUGAAAAUAUAAAGGAGCAGACUAAGCAUGUGAAAGGGGUGAAUGAAAUAGCAUUUAAAUUACCCGGUCUCCUUAUCAUAGACACACCUGGCCACGAAUCCUUCAGUAAUUUGAGAAACAGAGGAUCUUCCCUUUGUGAUAUAGCCAUUCUUGUAGUAGAUAUUAUGCACGGUCUGGAACCGCAAACAAUCGAGUCAAUAAAUUUAUUGAAACAAAAGAAAACACCGUUCAUCGUCGCCUUGAACAAGAUAGACAGGUUAUACGACUGGCAGAGUGCUCAAAGGAAAGACGUGCGUGAUAUAUUGAAGAUGCAACAGCCUAAUACUCAGUUGGAGUUUGAGAAACGAUGCAAGGAUGUGAUACUGCAAUUUGCAGAACAGGGUUUGAACGCUGCGUUGUUCUACGACAACCCGGAUCCUAGGACUUAUGUCUCGCUAGUUCCAACUUCUGCUGUCACUGGCGAAGGAAUGGGUAAUCUGUUGGCCAUGAUCGUGCAAGCUUGCGAGGGUCCAUUGCACAAGAGGCUCGUCUUUUCACAGCAAUUGCUUGCUAUAGUGUUGGAGGUUAAAGCCAUCCCUGGUCUUGGUACAACCAUCGACACAAUUCUAAUCAACGGUACCCUGCAUGAAGGAGAUACGGCUGUACUUGCGGGUACGGAUGGACCUAUUGUCACACAAAUACGAUCUCUACUCAUGCCUCAACCUAUGAAGGAACUUCGUGUUAAGAAUGCCUACAUUGAACACAAAGAAGUAACCGGCGCUCAAGGGGUGAAAAUAGCAGCAAAGGAAUUAGAAAAAGCUAUCGCUGGAUUGAACCUCCUCGUAGCUCAAAAGCCUGAUGAGGUUGACGUUUUGAAAGAAGAAGUAGCGAAAGAGUUGAAAUCAGCGCUAUCCUCCAUCAAGUUGUCUGAACGCGGUGUCUACGUGCAAGCUUCAACAUUGGGUUCGCUUGAGGCGCUACUCGAGUUUCUUAGGACAAGCAAAAUUCCGUAUUCCGCUAUCAGGAUAGGACCGGUUGUGAAACGUGACGUCAUGAAGGCGUCCGCCAUGUUGGAGCACGAUUCGCAAUUCGCAACCAUUUUGGCUUUUGAUGUAAAGAUCGAAAGAGAUGCGCAAGAGUUAGCCGACCAGCUCGGUGUGAAGAUAUUCGCAGCGGAUAUCAUUUACCACUUGUUCGACAAGUUCACCGCUUACCGAGAGGAGUUGAAGCAGAGGAAACGGGAAGAGUUUAAGCAUAUUGCAGUGUUCCCAUGUAAACUUAAGGUGUUACCGCAGUUCGUAUUCAACUCACGUGACCCGAUCGUAGCUGGAAUAAUGGUGGAGGCUGGCAUCCUGAAAGAAGGAACUCCUAUAUGUGUGCCCAGCAAAGAGUUCGUAGAAUUAGGUAUAGUGACAUCUAUCGAAGUGAACCACAAGCAAGUGGAGACGGCGCGAAAGGGACAAGAGGUGUGCAUCAAGAUCGAACCGAUCCCCGGCGAGUCCCCGAAGAUGUUCGGGCGGCAUUUUGACGAAACCGAUAUGCUCAUCAGCAAGAUAUCUAGGGCCAGUAUCGACGCGUGCAAAGACUAUUUCCGGGAUGACCUCAUAAAAACUGACUGGCAGCUAAUGGUCGAGUUGAAGAAGCUCUUCCAGAUUCUAUAA